AUGUUUACUUUUACCCUUAUUUACAUGUAUUCAAAUUUUUAUACUGCUAAGAAACUGUGGAAAAUACCCAUUAAUGCUACCACUGAUAGCACGCUACCACGGCCUGCACAGGCAAAAGAUCAUGAUGCUAUUUUCAAGGAUAGAUGUUGUUUCCAUAGGUCAAACACAGAAGAAAAACUGGCUUGGUCUGACUCUGUGGAUACGCUACUUGCUAAUAAAGAUGGCCUGGCAGCUUUUAGGAAGUUUUUGAAGUCAGAAUUCAGUGAGGAGAAUGUAGAAUUCUGGCUGGCUUGCGAGGACUUCAAAAAAACCAAGUCUUCCACCAAGAUCGCCGCCAAAGCCCAAAAGAUUUAUGCUGACUUUAUUGAAGCUGAUGCUCCAAAGGAGAUUAAUAUUGACUUCCAUACAAGAAACCACAUCUCUCAGAACAUCUCAGAACCCACCCUCAGUUGUUUUGAUGAUGCUCAGAGGUUAAUCUAUAGUCUCAUGGCAAAAGACUGUUUUCCCAGGUUUCUAAGGUCAAAAGAGUAUAAGGAACUAGCAGAGAAGCAAGAGAACAGAAAUGAAAGAAGGUGGCUCCCAUUUCUGUGAGAAGGUAAAAGCUGGAGGCCUGAGGGGUUAUGAAUUUGUAGAUGCCUCCUGUUGCAACUCAGGAUAGGUAACAUUUUAUUAAAGUGAUUGUACAAAGCA